CGUGUGGCUUUAGAAAACGCAUCUUGAUGCGCACGAUGAGGCUGCUAGUAUUUGUGGUGGUGGCUCUAUUUGCUGGCACCCAAGCAGAAGAAGGAGCCAGGCUUUUGGCCUCCAAAUCGCUCCUGAACAGAUAUGCCGUGGAGGGGCGAGACUUGACCUUACAAUACAACAUCUACAAUGUUGGUUCAAGUGCUGCAUUAGAUGUGGAAUUAUCUGAUGAUUCCUUCCCUCCAGAAGACUUUGGCAUUGUCUCUGGUAUGCUCAAUGUCAAAUGGGAUCGGAUUGCCCCUGCAAGCAAUGUUUCCCACACUGUGGUCCUGCGCCCUCUCAAGGCUGGUUAUUUCAACUUCACUUCAGCAACAAUUACUUACCUGGCCCAGGAGGAUGGGCCUGUUGUGAUUGGCUCUACCAGUGCACCUGGACAGGGAGGAAUCCUGGCUCAGCGGGAGUUUGAUAGGAGAUUCUCCCCCCAUUUUCUGGAUUGGGCAGCCUUCGGAGUUAUGACCUUGCCCUCCAUCGGCAUCCCCCUGCUCUUGUGGUAUUCCAGCAAAAGGAAAUACGACACUCCCAAAACCAAGAAGAACUGAGUGGGGCUUCCAUGGCCCUCCUCUCCCAAGAAACCAGGUGCUUUCCAGACUCCAAAGGGUAUCUCAAAUGUGAUCUCUUUACUCUUAGUCCAUGGCCAUCUUGUCCUGGAUCCUGCCCUGCUUUCAACCAGAGUGAAGGACCAGGUCUGGGAGUCUAUGAGAGAGCCUCCUUGGUUCCACUGUGAAGCCAUACAAACAGGAAUGCCUUUGGCCACAGCCUUGGGCCUAGAAGGUCCUGUUAGGGCCCCACCGAGGUGCUGUUGCUGGCAAUACAAACUCUCAGGGGUCCUGGAGGAGCCCUUCCGAGACUGCCCGACACCACCUCUGUUCCUUGCCCUUUCCUCUAAGAGAGGGUGAAAGAUGAAAGCUGUGGGACUUUUGGAGGCUACCUAGUCUCUGUUCUGGGUUAGGGAAGUGCUUACCAAAUGGGAUUUUCUAAUAAAAAUAAAUGCCACACUGA